AUGAACGCCUCUCGGAGAGAGCCGCCACACAAGCAGCGUUGGAUCGAGUUGUCCGAGGACCAACAAAAAGCGCUGAUCGAAGAGGCCGACACCGUCGUGAAGGAGAUUGUGGCAGCGAACGACGCCUUCAUCGCGGAUGGAGGCGUUCUCCGAGAUCCGCAGUGGCGUCUGAUUCGCACGAAAGAGGGUAUGCAUGUGUAUCGCCAACGCAGAAAGGCGAUCAAGCAGCGAGGGAAGGAGUCGUCCGCUCCUGUGAUCGAGAGUCCGUCGUGGUCAUCCAGCCAAACACUCUCACGAUAUCGCCCGGAGAUUAGCAGCCAGGAGGAGCCAUGUUUAGUUUCUCUCAUGGCCCUUCACGGCACUACGGAUGGCACACUGGACGACUGCAUGUUCGGGUGCUUUAUCCCCAAUAACGAAGAGUGGAAGCUGCGCAGUUCUUACAUCAACGAUGGGAUCGAUGACUCCCGAUUCGCCAAGGAACACCCAGCGGUGCUCACGGGUAUCGUGCAGCAGCGAGAUUUCCUCAUCCUCGAGUCCUUGGGGUUCAUGCGCGACUGCAACGGCGAGAAGGUCGGCUACUUCCUGAUGCACUCGGUGGCACUGCGAGAAAUCCCCGAGCUCUCGCACUUGAACAUCGUUCGCGGACUGAUGAGCUUCUGCUACGUUUUUCGCCAGGGAAAACCUGGCAAGGUCGACAUCUACACUCGCGGCUUCUUUGAUUCCCGUGGUGAGAUGCCAGGCCGCCUUUCAGUCGCGAUCGCUGCGGAUGCCGCUCUCUGCUGUGUGAAUUUGAUCCAAUAUGCGUACAUCAAGAAGCUGACGUGGCUGAUGAAGCACAGCGGCCACGGGCGAUCUGGUGGUCAUGCGACGCAAUCUACGCACUGUGAGGCGUGCGAGAAGAGCUUCUCCAAGUUUUCGCUUACUCAUUCCGGGUCGGGCACGGCGUGUUCCAUUUGCCGGCGGGUAGUGUGCUCCAAGUGCAGUGUGCUGAAAAAGAUGGUCAUGGACGUGUCGGACACUGGGUCCGUCCAGCACUGCUCAUUCCAGUUCUGUCUGCGCUGUUUACUCAAGACGAAGAAGCAGUGUGGCUGGGAGAUUGCAUUGAGUGGUUCUGACACUGCGUCUUGA